UUAGCAGUGAAUCGUGAUGUGAUAUUACUACCUGGUCUAUAAAUAUGCGGACAUGUUCUCUUCCGGAACAUAACUAGGAACAAGACUAUACUUCAAGCUUUAUACCCACUUUACCGUUUAACAUCCCGAUACCAUGGCGCGAAAGGGGACUGCUUUCAUUCCAUCCCAUCUCAUCCCGUCCGUCUUAUGCGCAGAACUCUGUCCAGCACUGAUUUACUCACCUCUCCAUUCCAUUCUCACCCCCUUCAUCCCGCUCCUCAACAGAAAACCGGAAAAGCUUGAAAUGACACCAGAAAAUGCACGAAGAAAAACCUUUCCUUCCACUUACCCAAGUAGCUACCUACGCAGCGGCCCGUCCAUUCGUUAGUCAAUGACCCCUCUAUUUUUUUCGAGUUACACCAGUGGUGGCACUUCGGUUCGGGUCGGGUAGAGACGGCGGGGGUUGUCAA